AGGUUGGCGCCGGUAUUGAUAUCCGUGCAAAUACUGGCCGUACUGUCGACGGCACCGGUAGACAUGCCGCACACGCACCACAUAACGGCCCGCAUUAGACGGCAAACGUUUCCCAAUUAUAACUCAAACUUUAAUUUCCAAAACUUUUCAAACGCCAAUUCAUUCUUCCCUCCGCAACCGGACCUAUCGUCGGCGUUCAGGCAGCAGUUCCAGUCGAUAAACACCGGGAACUCCGACCAGGGAUUCAACACAAUCCGGCGUUUCCCGCAAUUCCCGUCCAGUAGUGGUCAGCCCUCGUCGGUGUUUGGCUCGCAGUCGUCGUCGCAGUUCGGCGCACAGCCCCAACAGCCGGCGCUCGACAACUCAGCCCUACUGCCCCGACAGCCUCAGGUGAUAUCCGUGCUGAGCGGGUCGGGUGUCGGCGCCCAUCAGGCGGUCUCGUGGAACCCGCCGCCCACUAUAGUACCCCCGGCGUCCACUAAUCGCCAGAAACAGACCCUUCAGAUCAGUCCUCAGCCGCAGUCGACGCCACUGUCGUCGUCGGUGUUCGGCUCGUCGUCGGCAUCGGAAGGGGAAAGGGAUGACGAGUCCCGACAGUCGCGAUUCGCGUCGUCCCAAUCGGGACCCCAAUCGCAGAGCCUAUUCCAGGGCUCGUCGGGUAAUACCCGCGACUUCGAGACGCCUGUGAACCGAGGCGGCGGACCCUCACUGCCGGCCCCGUCAUCGCCGGCAGCGUCGGCGGUGUCGUCGCCGUCGGGAUCCGCGUCUUCUUCGUCGUCCUCGACGGCCAACAAACCACAGAAAGACGAUGUCGUCAUAUAUUACUACUAUUACUACGACGACGACAAGAACAGCAGCAAACCUGCCGGCGCUGACCCAUCUCUAGACGCCAUACCAUCGCUGGAGUCGUUCGACCAAAACAGGAGUCCCAACAGAGGAGACAAACCGGGAAGAGUUGUCGUCAAGAAUAUGGACAAAGAGAUCGUGAAGCCGGCGAUCCCGUCGAGACCCACAGCCGCUGUCGUCGACCAGUCGUCGUUUGGCGGCCGACCCGCCGAUCACAGCGUCGACUCCCGGCGCCCAAUCACGCCGUCGACGCCCGCCUUCUUCGUGAACCCGUCGCCUGCGGCCACACAACCGCCCCAACAGUCGGUGCCCUCAUUCGGCUCCGCCUUCCAGAGUCAGCGGGAAGUGUUGACUCCGGGACAGGUAGUGGUGCCCACCCAACAGCCCCCGCUCGAGAGGACCAGUUCGGCGGUCAGUGUGUCGGUGUCAGACAGUGUCAACAGCGCCCCCGUCUCUAACAUAUUCCGUUACGGCUCGAGAGGGGCCCCCUUCGCGCCCACCGCUGGCGCCGGCAACGGCCCCUCGCAGAGCGUCAGCAGCACCAGUAGUGUCAGCUCUAGUAGCUCGUCGUCCAGCUCCAGCUCCAGUGUCUCCAACGGCAACGCCAUCAGCGGCGGCGUUAGUCCCGGUCGACAGCAGAGCUCAUUUCAGCCCCAAUUCCCGGGUCAGGCCUUCCGACACAUACCGCAGCCGUCGACUCAGGAGCCGCCGGUGAGCGCCGUCGUGACGCCCAGUACUCUCGGCUUCGGUCGCAUUACGUACACACCGGGCGACGGCUUCCCGCCACCCAAACAACCGGUGGACAACCAGUUGGACUCAUUGGGCCGACCGGCCAACCACUUCGAAUCCUAUACGGUGCCGACACACCCGCCGCCGCCCACCACUCUCAUCGUCACCGCACCGCCCACUACGAGCACCACCACAACCACGACCACUACGACGACCACAACCGCUCCGCCACCGCCGUCCUCGACGGCCGCCGCCGAGGAGGAGGCGCCCGACGCCCCGAAAAGAUUCGGUAACCGCCGGCGCUUUAACUCCGGUCGCACGCCUUUCCUCAAUAGAGUCCGCUCGACGACCAGCACCAGCACCACAACCACCGCCAGUCCCACCACACGAGUCAGGGCCACACGACCGCCGGCCACAGGAGGCUUCCGGCAAAGGCCCGGGAGGUUCAGGAAACGACCGGGAAGUGAGCCGACGGCCGACGAGGAGUCGACGCCAGCGGUCAGCAACCCGUCGACCGCCGCUCCUCCAGCGCCCUCUCAGUCAUCGGCGGUCGAAGCGGUGACAACACCAGCGCCUCCCAGAAGGUUUGGCCCCGGAGGAGGGCGUCGUUUCGGUGGCGCCCCCUCGCGCUCGCCAGUCAUCAACAGAAUUCAAGCGUCAGGCGCCGCCCAAUCGACUACCAGCGCCCCCGCAGCGGCGUCUACCCGAGCGCCUGUAGUCUCAAUCCGGAAACCGGGCGGUCCGUUGACGGCCUCCCGAAAUCGACCGCAACUUCGCGGACGACUGCCAUUCCCCAGAGGCAAUAGGAAUCAGGAGGCGGUCGACGAGUCGAGUCCCGCAACGCCUCCCGUAGCGCCUUCUGAAGCGCCGGUAGCUGCCGACAAGCCGUCCGAAGCGCCGCCGCCGGCAGUGGAGUCGAGUUCUCCGGCGUCAGCGCCCAAUACCCCCGAAAUGGCCGACAAUCAGCCGCCCGAAGAGCCGCCCGCAGAGGCGUCGCCCCCUCCCAGCCCUACGGAAAAGCCUAAGGGAAGGCAAUUGAGACCACUGUUCGCCAAUAGGCAGCGCUCGAGUCUGUUCGGCAGGCGGGGAGCGGGAGGCGCCGCCCCUGCAGCCAACGGCGGGACCGCCUAA